AUGAGUGACACAUCAGCUAGACCUACUGGAGGGAACCACUUAAGUAAAGAGGAGGUUGCUUUUCGUUUAUCAAAGCGAUUGUGUUAUAUUUUAAGAUAUGGAGCGGUUAAGUCAGGGCUACGUGUCAACGAACAUGGGUUUGUACCGGUUGAAGAGUUGAUAAAAUUACCAAUGUUAAAAUGGCACUCAAAGGAAGACAUACUGCAAGAACUCUCAACAUCAAUAUCUACCAGGAAUGUUAACAGGUUCGAACUUCUGGAGCAAAAUGGAGAAACAUUGGCUAGAGCAGUGUAUGCGAGAAACUUUGAAAAGGCACCAGUUUCUACAGAAAGCCAAGAAUCACAAAUAGACUCAUUAUAUGAUGUGUGUUUACAAAAAAUCAUGGAUAAUUUAAAUGAUUAUGACUUAAGUGAUUUUCAAGAUGAACAUACAAUAAGAAUAAUGAUCUACAGAUUAAAAUCGCAAAAGAAACUAAACAUGAAGGGAUUGAAAGUUCUGCUUGUGCCUACAUUAGAACACCUUGAUUUUGAAGGUUUAUAUCUUACAGAAAAUAUCUUCAAAUUGUUGUGGAACAACUGUCCAAAUUUAAAAGAAUUAAGUCUUAAAAACUGUGGUUACAUUGUGACAGAUACCUUACUUAUUCAAAUUCUAAAGAAAUUACCCAAGAUUGAAAGGCUAAAUGUAGCCUUUUGUAAUCAUUUAACAGACAAAACAUUAGAAACUAUUGUAAAAUAUAUACCACAAAUAAAGGAGUUGAAUCUCAAUAAAAUAAAUAACUUUAGUGAAGAGGCCAUAAUCAAAUUCUUAUCAUCGACUCCAGAAUUAAAACGACUGGAUGUAUAUAAUUUACGAACAACUGAACAAGGUAGGGUGAAAAUAUUACAGUUGAUCAGAAGUCAUGGAAUAAAGUUUAUCUGCCGUGGGUUUGAAAAUGAGGAUGUUGCACCAGAAAUGCCAGCAUAUCUGUGAAAACAGUUAAAAU